CUGCGUUUCUACUUCCGGGACGCUCAAUCAGCUGUAACAUUCGCUGCCAGGAGCAACGUUCUCCUCGGAGCGAUGGGGCCAGACGACGGCCCGGGUGCAGCCGUCGCCUGGAGGAAGGUCCUGUGGGAGCGCCAGCCGUACCCGGACAACUACGUGGACCGACGCUUCCUGGAAGAGCUCCGAAGGAAUGAGGGAAUCCGUCAGUAUCGUUACUGGGCUGUGGUGCGCGAGUCAUGCUUGGUGGGGCAGCAGCUCUCCUGCGUGGCUAUUUUCAUCACCCUCUGGCUCUACAUGGAGCAGGGCCUCCUGUCCCCAGAGACCCUCCUGCUUAUCAGCCUAGCGAGCUCCUUACUGGGCUACGGACUGUACCAAGCCCUCGCGUCUCAGGCGGAACCAGUUCUCCAACCUCGGACUCAUUUGGAUGACUUACAGAGCGCCACAAUCUUCCUGUCGUUCAUCUUUGGCUUCUCGCCCGUGCUAAAAACGCUCACAGAGUCCGUCAGCACGGACACAGUCUACGCCAUGUCGGCCGUCAUGCUGCUGGCUCACCUGGUGUCCUUCCCUUACACCCAUCCCUCACCUCCGGGCAGCCUGUCCCUCAACGCAGCCUUGUUUGCAUCUGUGUGUCUGGCCUCCCGCCUCCCGGGCGCCCUGCAUACCUUCACCAUGCUCAGCUGCGCCCUCCUGGUCUUCGCCCUUUGGCCCUGCCUCCUGAGGCGGGUGAAGAACGGGGCCCCGCGUCACUUUGCCGCCGUGUGCGCCGGGGUGUGCGCGGCGGGCGUAGGGGGGCUGGCGUCGCGCUGGCCCGGCGGGGCGGUCAUCCUGGCGCUGGCCGUGGCCAGCGUGAUUCUCCUCUGCCCCUGGCUGCUGAUCCGCUUGCAGAGGCACAAGGACAACAUCCAAGGGCCGUGGGAUGAGGCGGAGAUCCGCGAGGACCUCAGCCGCUUCCUCCAAUAAAUGAGGCCUGCUUGAAACAGACAUGAGCUGGACACUUGAUUAGGUACAUGAUCUUAUGAGAUCAGCUUUUACCAAGAUAACAAAAACUGUAAACAAUAAUGAAUGGUUUUUUUUUUUUAACUCUCUUCACAAAGGUUUUGUUUUUAUAGGUAAAGCUGCUAUUUUAAUAUCUCAAGUAUUGACCUCAAUAGUUGAGGUUACUGUGAAUUGUGGAUACUAUGCACUCAUUUGAUAUGGUCAAUGUGGAAAAUAUACACAAUGCAAAUUACAACCCAAAUCCAAUCUUCAUCCUAAUCUGCUGGGUCGAAAGAAUGAACCCAAUUUUGAGUUAAAGUAACUCAAUCUGCUCAAAAUCUUCUAUACAGCCUCUUCCUGCAUAGCUGAAGCUUCUUUUCAGAGUAUGGCCACAAGAAGGCACACUCACUCACCGCAGUACUGUAUUUACAAUUUUUUUUCAUUGAAUUAUUUUGUAUUUAUGGCCAAAAGUGUUUUCACACAAAUAUUUACAAUAAUUAUGAUUUUACUACUGACAAACUACAGGUUAGUUGACCCACAGGUAGAAAUUGCCGCUAUGUCGCCAUUGAAGCAACCUGUAUUAUUAUGGAACCUUGUUAUUAAAAAAAUAUAUAUUUGUGCAAAUAAAAGUUUCUAAUUUUACAA